CGACAUCAUGACCACAGAGAAGAACCCGGCAACUGAGGCGGGAAAUCCACCGCAGCAGCAGCAGAAGGAAGAGGUGGACGGAGCUGCAGACCCGGGCCGCCGGGAAGCUCAGCUGGAAGAGGCCUGUCCCGCAGCGGCCGAGGGGGAGAGCCAUUGUGAGCAGAAGCUGAAAGCGUCCCAUGGGGACACCCCGACCCAUGGGGACUUGACCAGGAACAAGGAGCGGACGUCAGAGGGCAGGGGCCUGUCACGGCUCUUCUCCUCUUUUCUCAGAAGGCCCAGGUCGCAGCUGUCGGAGGAAGAAGGCAGAGAGGCAGAGCCCGAUAAAGAGAAGGGCGAAGGAGGCCAGAGGGAGACCGGCUCAGGGCCCGGUCUCGAUGAGGAGCUCAUCCUAAAGGCCCCAAUUGCAGCUCCCGAACCCGAGCUCAAAACAGACCCGUCCCUGGAUCUCCAUUCGCUCAGCAGCGCGGAGACGCAGCCUGCCCAGGAAGAGCCCAGAGAAGAUCCGGAUUUGGAAACGAAGGAGGGAGGACGUGAAGAGUCCGAAACAGGAGGCAAAGAGGGUCCUGACUCAAAGGCAGGGGAAGCAGGCGCGCCCCAGAAGCCCGCCCGAAGGCCCAGAAGCAUGCAUUGCAAGGUCUCCCUGCUGGACGACACGGUGUACGAGUGUGUGGCGGAGAAACACGCCAAGGGACAAGAUCUGCUUAAACGAGUGUGCGAGCACCUCAACCUCCUGGAAGAAGACUACUUUGGUCUGGCCAUUUGGGAGAGCGCGACCUCCAAGACAUGGCUGGAUUCGGCCAAAGAGAUCAGAAAGCAGGUCCGUGGUGUCCCUUGGAACUUCACAUUCAAUGUUAAGUUUUACCCCCCUGACCCAGCCCAGCUAACGGAAGAUAUAACAAGAUACUAUCUAUGCCUCCAGCUUCGGCAGGACAUAGUUGCAGGCCGGCUGCCCUGUUCCUUUGCAACCUUGGCAUUGCUGGGUUCUUACACCGUCCAGUCUGAGCUGGGAGACUACGAUCCGGAACUCCAUGGCGUGGAUUACGUUAGCGACUUUAAACUGGCCCCGAACCAGACCAAGGAGCUUGAAGAGAAGGUCACGGAGCUGCAUAAGUCGUACAGGUCCAUGACUCCAGCUCAGGCCGACUUGGAAUUUCUUGAGAAUGCCAAAAAGCUGUCUAUGUACGGCGUUGACCUCCACAAGGCGAAGGACCUGGAGGGAGUGGAUAUCAUCCUGGGCGUCUGCUCCAGCGGCCUUCUGGUCUACAAAGACAAGCUGAGAAUCAACCGCUUUCCCUGGCCCAAAGUGCUGAAGAUCUCUUACAAACGGAGCAGCUUUUUCAUCAAGAUUCGGCCUGGAGAGCAGGAGCAGUACGAGAGCACCAUCGGGUUCAAGCUGCCGAGUUACCGAGCAGCCAAGAAGUUAUGGAAGGUCUGUGUGGAGCAUCACACGUUUUUCAGACUGACAUCUACAGACACCAUCCCCAAAAGCAGAUUCCUUGCGCUGGGAUCCAAAUUUCGAUACAGCGGCCGCACUCAGGCUCAGACCCGGCAGGCCAGCGCGCUCAUCGACAGGCCUGCCCCGCGCUUCGAGCGGACUGCAAGCAAGCGGGCGUCCCGGAGCCUGGAUGGAGCCACUGUGGACUCGGCGGACCGGAGCCCCCGGCCCACCUCUGCACCAGCCAGCGCUCAGAGUCAGGGCCCAGAAGGCGACGUCCCCGGUGCCUCUGUCAGACAGGCAGUGGUCCCCACGGCACAGCAGCAGGCGGAAAAGGAAGGCCAGCCCCCCGAGCCGGCUGAGCCGGAGUCCUCGGAGGUGUGGCAGAAAAAGAGAGAGAGACUAGAUGGUGAAAACAUUUAUAUCAGACAUAGCAAUUUAAUGUUGGAGGAUUUAGACAAGAGUCAGGAAGAGAUCAAGAAGCACCAUGCCAGCAUCAGCGAACUGAAGAAGAACUUCAUGGAGUCGGUGCCAGAGCCUCGGCCCAGCGAGUGGGACAAGCGCCUGUCCACUCACUCCCCCUUCCGGACCCUCAGCGCCAACGGGCAGGUCCCCACUGGGGAAGGGCCGCCCCUGGUAAAGACGCAGACGGUCACCAUCUCGGACACGGCCAGUGCGGCCAAGGGUGAGAUCCCGACCAAGGACGUCCCUCUUGUCCACACGGAGACCAGGACCAUCACCUACGAGGCUGCCCAGACCGACGACCGCAGUGGGGACCUGGACCCCGGAGUCCUGCUGACAGCGCAGACCAUCACUUCUGAGACCACCAGCAGCACCACCACGACCCAGAUCACCAAGACCGUGAAGGGCGGGAUCUCCGAGACCCGGAUUGAGAAGAGAAUUGUGAUCACAGGAGACGCCGAUGUCGACCAUGACCAGGUCCUCGUCCAAGCCAUCAAGGAGGCGAAGGAGCAGCACCCAGACAUGUCCGUGACCAAGGUGGUCGUCCACCAGGAGACCGACAUCUUGGGCGAGUGAGCUCAGGGACUGCCCUACCCCACUCCCUGCCCUUCCCCCACCCAAGAGAAACCAGCAGGACAGGCACAGACCUGCUUCGAGGACUCCCAGCCCCCGGGAGAGCCCCGCGUUUCCUGUUUGGAGUUUCUACCAGAAGAUUCCUGUAGCCGCCCUGGCCCUGUCGAUCCCUGGACCUUUUUCUAUGCUGCGAUACCAGAAGCUUUAACUUCUCACUCUGGACUGUUUUUAGGGCUUUGGUUUUUCACAAGGCAGUUUGUACCCCCUCAGCCUGGCCAUCCGUUUGUCUCCAGCCGGAUGCUGGGCGCCCGCCGAGUCCUCCGGGAGACCUGCCGCCCCCCGCAGCCUUCCACAGAGCCAGAGAGCAGCUCCACCAGCACAUCGGGGUGCUGACAGCCCUGACCCAGCCCCCGGAAAAACGUCCCUGUCCCUUUACCAAGGCCGACUGUGGUGGGGCAGAGUCCUCGGCCAAGAACGCCGUGUCGUCCACCUUCCCUCCCUGUCAAGCUCCUUAGGUCGGAUCCGAUACUGUGAAUGUCUGGACAUACUGUGGCCUUUGCCCCACUGCCCGGUACCGUCCGAGGUGACCCUGCUGUGCCCUCGCCCCACCUCCCCUCUCAGGAGACCAAAAGCUCAUGGAAAAACAGGCACUUCCGGCCAAAAGCUCUAACAGAACAUUUUUAGUGGUGAUUCAGGGAAGAGGAGUUAGGAGGUGUUGAAGAUCAGGCUCUGGCGUGUGCGGGGCGUGCAGCUCACGGGCGCCCGCGUGCUCCUGCCAGCCCACUCCCUUCCCUUCCCGACGUCGGACUGGCCAGGGAGGGCGCUGUUGGGCAACCUCCUCUGGGAGGCGGGAGGCCCCCAGCACCCUUCUUAGCAGGGGAGCUGGCUCUGCUCACUCCUAGAUCUGUCAUGCUUUUUGGUUUUGAAUUUGUGGUGUCUUUGGGGUUUCUUUUUUUCCCCCUUGGUUUGAAAAUGACAACUGGUACCCCCAGUUCCCAGUGAGGAUCUUGGCAUUUGUAAUCAGGAGGGCUCUGAUCUUCUGGGUUGCCUUCCACAGAUGGACCUGCCCGCAAGCCCCUUAGAAUCCCCAUUCUAGAGGUGGACAGUGGGUCCCUGGCAGUCCCUGGGGCUCAUGGCUGUGAACUAGAGGGCAGGCCAAGGUUGGUCCUGCUCCAGGAGCCAGGGCGCGGUGGCAUCUGGGCAUCUGCCUUGAACCCAGGUCAGGUGUGAGAUGCCCCUGCGGGCAGCUGCAGAGGGGUGCAGCAGCACAGUGGGUAUGGUGACACUGUCCCGUCUCAGGAACGCAGGGGCAGGCUGCAGGCACUGAGUCUGAGACAGUGACUUCAGGGUGGGGCCUUGUUGGGGGGGUGGGGGCAAGUCGGGGGUUCAGCCCCACCAGGGAAGGCCACAGUGCUGCUGAAAAGUUUGCCAUGGCUCACAGGACUGAGACCGGGGACGAAAGGGCACACAGCCCAUGGUGUGUGGUGGCCUUCAUGACACAGCCCAGCCCCUUGGCGCUGCAGCCCCCUCCCCCCAUCUGCUCCCCACUACAGAUGGACCAGAGAACUGAGGCCCAGCUCCCAGCAGCCUGGACCCCAGCCUCCCCUUCCCUCUGCAGGUCUUAGGGGUGGGCAGUCACUCAGGUGCUCUCUGCAGUUGUGUGUGUGUGCACGUGUGUGUGAAGAGACUGCCCAGGUGGGACCGGGAGGGGCCUGUAGUCCAGGGCAGACUGGGCUUUUCUCUGCAGUUGUGUGUGUUCACGCGCGUGUGUGUGGAGACUGCCCAGGCGGGACUGGGAGGGGACCGCGCUCCGGGGCAGACUGGACUCACCCACAGCAGGCCUGCUCGCAGUUUUAUUGCUGCUGGAGAAACAGCGCCCUCCAAGCCACGCGAGGUCUCUGCCGUCCAGCCAGAGCAAGACUAUGUUCACAAGCUGAGGGCCCCAUCGUCACCUCUGCCCGCCCCCAGGACCCCACCUGUGCUGGGAAGUGCGGGGCAGGAGAGGCCACCCUGGGAAACCACCUAGACCCACUCCCGGAUGCCCACGAGAACCCUGCCAGGACCUCGCCCCAGGCUGAUGGCUUUUACAGAUCUCACUUAAAUGUAUUAUUUUGGUGACAAAAAUGAAGGAGCUUUGUAAAUUUUUUUAAAAUUAUGAAUCCUAUCAAGUAGCUGUUUACAUUUCUUGACGAGAUAGGAGCUAGGCAGCAGGAUGAGGGGCAGCGCCCUGGGACGGGCGUUCGGCAGCGCUCAGCCCACUCGGCCCUCCGUAGAGACAGGUGGCCACGGUGCUCAGGUGUGUGGUCUUGCUGCGUGUACUGCAUUUUUCAAUAAAGCUCGAAAAUAAGGACUGA